GUUCUUGGAAACAAUAUUAUAUAUAUUCAUAAUGCCAAUAUCCGCUUGGAAGUGGAAAUUCCGUCAAUUUUAAUUGUUAUUACUGCCUUUUUCCCUUUUUCCUGUUUAUUAUUACUAUUUUAUUUUCAUUUAGUAGUAUAUAAACACAGAACUAAAGUAAAACGAAUUAUUCUUUCGUCAAACUCCAAACCAUUGUGAUCUUUGACAAAACGCUCCGAUAAAAUAUUAUCAUUACAAUAAUACAUUGUGAACUCUUAUAUUAAACAUACUUUAUUAAUUUUUAUUUAUUAUUAGUACUCACGUUUUAAACGCAAAAAAUGUUCUCUCUUAAAGUGGCGUGUUUGUGUUUGUCCGUCGCCGUCGCCGUCGUAUUCGGUGAAAAUAAUCAACAAAAUUCAAAUGAUCGGUCUGCCUCUAUAUUCCAGAGUUGCAUAUCGGAAACAAAGUUGUCCGGUGACGCACUCAAAGGGUUUCGGUCGAUGAGUAUACCAAAAACACAGGCCGAAAAAUGUAUGAUGGGUUGUCUGAUGAGAAAAGUCAAUGUGAUUAACAAGGGCAAGUUUUCGGUUGAAGAGGCGACUAAGGUGGCACAGAAAUACUAUGGAACGAACGAAACGAUGAUGAAAAAGGCAAAAGAUCUCAUUGACGUUUGCGCAAAAAAAGCACAAUCAACAACUGAAGAGUGUGCGUUGGCCGGAAUUGUGACUACCUGUAUCGUGGAGGAAGCUCAAAAAGCUGGCUUAACUGGUGGACCUGGUGGAUCUGGUGGCCGUUCCAGGCGAACCAUUUCACCGAAAUUCAGACGCAACAUCGUAUAAACUGUUCAUGCCGUUCCUGUGAUUAUUUAAACGCUUUACGCCUAUAACUAUUAAACUAAUUAAUUUUAUACUAUAUAAUCAUGUGCAUACUUUCAUGGCCGUCAAUAAACAUUAUUUUAACAAUUAUAAAAUCUAGUAUUCAUUGAAGAGU